GUGGGACUUUAUGUAAACCCAACAUGGCAGCCGCCUGCGCCAGAACACUGGGUAAGGUCGGCUGGUCUUUUCUGGAGUCUCCCGCCGCCCGCCGGCCCGGUAUCGUCUCAUACCUGGUGGGGAAUGUGGGCGCACAUGGGUCCAGGAGGGCGUACGGUACCGGCGGCACCGGGGUCCGGUCCAAACUGCUCUCCUCUCUGCGGGCAGGAGGAGGAGGAGGCAGGGCGCUGGGCUGCGCCUUCCUGCUAGGUGGAGGUCUGGGACUGUAUCAGACCCUGAAGUUCUCUGUGCAGCAGCACCUGGCCGAGGAGGAGACCAAGGCUCCAGGUGGAGGUCCGAAGUUGACCCUGUACCAGUACAAGACCUGCCCGUUCUGCAGCAAGGUGCGAGCGUUCCUGGACUUCUACGGCUUGCCGUACGAGGUCGUGGAGGUGAACCCGGUGAUGAGGCAGGAGAUCAAGUGGUCGGCCUACAGGAAGGUGCCCAUCCUGAUGGUGGACAGCGACGUGCAACUGAACGACUCCUCCGUCAUCAUCAGCUCCCUCAGGUCUUUUUUAGUCAACAGGGAGAAAAGUGUGUCUGACAUCGUCCGCUGUUACCCGGAGAUGAAGUCUGUGAACGACAGCGGGAAGCAGGUGACGGAGUACGCCAACAAGUACUGGCUGAUGCUGAGCGAAGACGAGACCGCCGUGAUUUACCCCGAGAAGGGGAUGCAGAAGGAGGAGAUGAAGUGGCGCCAGUGGGCCGACGAUUGGCUCGUGCACCUUAUAUCUCCCAACGUGUACCGGACCACCAACGAGGCCCUGGCCUCCUUCGACUACAUCGUGCGUGAGGGAAAGUUCGGUACCUUUGAGGGUUUCUUUGCCAAAUACGUCGGCGCUACGGCCAUGUUCCUCAUCUCCAAGAGGCUGAAGAGUCGACACAACCUGCAGGACGACGUCAGGCAGGAUCUCUACAAGGCCGUCAACGACUGGGUGGCAGCCAUCGGCAAGAAGAGGAAGUUCAUGGGCGGAGAGCAUCCUAACCUGGCAGACCUGGCGGUGUUCGGCGUCCUCAGAGUGAUGGAGGGUCUGCAGGCGUUCGACGACAUGAUGGAGAACACCAAAGUCAAAUACUGGUACAAACGCAUGGAGAGAGCGACGCUCAACCACGAGGGCCGAGACUGAGGCCGAAAACGGGUGAAGGAGGCCGGAGAAACACCGAGCGCCUCCAGCCUCAAACAGACGGAACCAGAAAACCUCCAGCAAGAAUAGUGACCAGCAUCGGGAAGCAAGAAGUCCUGCUUCUGUUGUGGAAACGGUUUGAGAGCGGUCACCGCUGCCAUGAUUGAUUUACUGCUCCGCACACACGCACACACACACACACACACACACACGCACACACAAGUUUAAACCUGUUGAUUCAUCAGAGCGAGUUCACUGCAGACGUUGACGUAGAUAAACACAUGAAAACAGUUGUCACAUAUUUAAUUUCACCCUUUUAUGACCAGGCUGCUUUGUGGUGGUUCAUUUACGGGUGUCUGUGAUUUGUACUGACCUCUACUGGUGAAGUGUUGGAACUGCAACAUCAAUAAAAACAUACUGAGUCUUUUCUGCAACUUUAAGGCAGUUAACCAACAGAGUGAAGUCAGAUACUCACACAGGAGUAAAGGAGUAAGUCAGCAUGUCUCUGGUGCAGCAAUUUCAUGCAAAUAUGUUUGAUUUAUUUUGUGUUACCGGGGAAGUAAACAUCUCACUAGUUGAAGCUUUAAUAGUUCGACAUACCGCAGGGUUUCUGUGCAGAUCUGGAAAAUGAUUUCACACAUUUUGAGUUCUUGAUUGGAGUUUAAAAUGUUUGGGAACUGCUUGUAUUUCAUGAAUUAUUUCUUGUUAAAAAAUCUUAAACAUGGUCUAUUCGAGUGGUUCCAGCCAGAGUUUGAGCCUCGACACAUUAUCUAUGGAACAAAACAAAAUCUCUCUGUACGACUGUUUGAAUUUCUUCAGAUUUUGCUCCUAGUUUUGCCGUUUUAAAUAUUAUAGUUUAGCUUUCAAACACAUGUUGUGAAGAGAGACUCAUCCAUAUGAAGCUUCUGUCAGACUCUGGUUCUGUUUCAGGUCCAUGUUGUUGAGAUCAGCAGCUGUGGCCUCCAGGAGAUCAGGUUAUCUCUGUAUUUAUUUCAGAUCAGUGAUGCAGGAUCGGUCCGGCAGCGGGGAAUCAAUAAGCUCAUCAGCUGCUGCUCUUUCUCUCUUUAGGAGUCAAAUGAAAAUUAAAUGAAAGAGGAACUGGUGAACUGCCGGUUUGAAUGUACUUAAUAUGCAAACUGUCAGCUGCAGAUUAAUUCCUAUAUUAAUUGUAUUAAACGACUCAAUGUGCAUAGCUGUAAAAAGGUCAAAUAAAAAAAGGAAACCUGG